UGUACACACUUCUGCUUUCCCGCCUUUUGUGAAAAUAUUCCGAGCUACGUAAAUUAAAACAAUUUAAUAAUUUGUUGUGUUUCAAAUGGCUGAUUCACCUUCUGGUCCGCGUGUCAAACGACAACGCAUAGACAAAUCCGGUCGUUUUGCAGCUUUAGAGCGACUCAGAGGUUUAAAGGGUGCGAAAAACAAAUGCCAGGUGGAAGAAAAAGUGGACGAUGUAUACGAAGUGAUAGACGAGCGUGAGUAUGCGAAGCGAGCAAAUGAAAAAUACGGUGGCGAUUGGAUUGAAGAAGACGGCACAGGCUACGUAGAGGAUGGUCGCGACUUUUUUGAGGAUGAGGAUGAGUACUCUGAUGAGGAAGGAAAGAAUCAGAAUGAUGGCAAGAAAAAGAAAUCAGCUAAUGCAAAGAAACGACCACGCGAGAACGACUCAGGUCCAGCCAAGGGGAAGGCGUCCAUUCGCAAUCUCUUCAGCAAUGCAGUUCCGAAGAAGGUGGACAUCAAAAACAGUGUCAAGGAUGACGAUAUUCUGGCUGACAUAUUGGGGGAAAUUAAAGAAGAGCCUGCUGUCGACUCAUCUGCAUCAAGACAACAAAAAGUAAUUGCACCAGCUAAAACUGUUGCAGCUGCACGCAAAUCUGAUGCACUCGCUGCCAAGGAGUAUAUGAAUAGUUUCUUGAGCAACAUAAAAAUGCAAGAGCAUCAGCGCAAAAAAGAAGCUAGCAGUGACGACGAAAUGCUCGAUCGUAUACUGCAGCCAAGAGCAACAAUGCUGCCCAACAAGAAGGCGACCCCAAUUGCAGCUACAGCUCCAGUGAAAGUGAAGCAGGAGGAAACUGCUGAGCAGCCCAGGAAGAGGACAACAAAAGAAGCUACGCCUGAACUUGAUGACAAUGACGUGGACUUUAGUUGCUUAGAUGACGAUGAGAAUCAGUUCGAGUUGGCUGCAUCGAAAGUCAAGCCCCCUGUCAAGCCAGAAACUACGGAGAAGCCCUCAGCAGUUACAGCUGCCGCUGCCAAACCAGAAACAGAGGACAUGAGCAAGCUGCUUAGCAACUGGGAGUCAAUAUGUCAAAUGGAUGAUGACUUCGAGAAAUCGGUGUUAGCCAGUGAAGCAGAGACAUCCGUAGGUAGCGAUCCAGUGGACGUAGAGCAGCUGCGUUUUUGGUACUGGGAGGCUUGGGAAGAUGCGCUGAAGCUGCCCGGUGAAGUUUUUCUCUUUGGACGUACGCCAGACGGCAAGUCCAUAUGUGUGCGCGUUCAGAACAUCAAUCGUGUGCUCUAUCUUCUGCCCAGGCAAUAUCUGCUAGACCCCAUUACAAAGGAGCCCACUAAACAAAAAGUCACAGCUGCCGAUAUGUACAAGGAGUUCGAUACGCACAUUGCCACAGAGCUGAAGCUGGAUACGUUCCGUUCUCGAAAGGUGAGCAAGAGCUUUGCCAACCAUGCUAUUGGCAUAGAUGUGCCGCAAACCUGCGACUACCUGGAGGUCCAUUACGAUGGCAAGAAGCCGGCGCCAAACAUGUUAAAUAAGAAAUACGAUUCCAUAGCACACAUAUUUGGAGCCAACACCAAUGCGCUGGAGCGCUUUUUGCUAGAGCGGAAGAUCAAGGGUCCGUGUUGGCUGCAGAUUAGCGGCUUCAAUAAAAAUCCUGCGCCUAUUAGCUGGUGCCAAACAGAUGUGACGAUCGCUGAGCCGAAGAACGUGGAGCUUGUGCUGGAGCAGGGAAAACCAACACCGCCACCUGCCAUAACCCUGCUCACACUCAACGUGCGCACCUCUAUGAAUCCAAAGACACUUAAGAACGAGAUCUGCAUGAUUUCGAUGCUCACCCACAAUCGCUUUAACAUAGACAAGCCGGCGCCGCAGCCCGCCUUCAAUCGUCACAUGUGCGCCCUCACACGACCGGCUGUCUCCAGCUGGCCUUUCGAUUUGAAUUUGCAGCUAACGAAGUACAAGUCCACAAAGAUCUACAAACACGAUUCUGAGCGCGCGCUGCUCAGCUGGUUUCUGGCGCAGUAUCAACAAAUCGAUGCAGAUCUUAUAGUUACUUUCGAUGCAAUGGAUUGCCAGUUGAAUGUCAUAACGGAUCAGAUUGUAGCCCUGAAGAUACCUCAGUGGUCGCGCAUGGGACGCCUGCGUUUCACACAAACUUUUGGAAAGCGUCUUCUGGAUCACUUUGUGGGUCGCAUGGUGUGCGAUGUGAAACGCUCGGCGGAGGAGUGUAUAAGAGCCAGAUCCUACGACCUGCAGACGCUAUGCCAACAGGUACUCAAGUUGCAGGAGUCUGAACGCAUGGAUGUCAAUGCGGAUGAUCUGCUGGAGAUGUAUGAGAAAGGCGAAAACGUUACCAAGCUCAUCUCGUUAACCAUGCAGGACGCCUCAUAUAUGCUGCGCCUCAUGUGCGAGCUAAAUAUCAUGCCACUGGCACUGCAGAUAACCAACAUUUGCGGCAACACAAUGACGCGCACACUUCAAGGCGGCCGCUCCGAGCGCAAUGAAUUUCUUCUGCUUCAUGCCUUUCAUGAAAAGAACUAUAUUGUACCCGAUAAACUGCCACAAAGACGUGGCGUUGCUGCCAACACUCAUGCUGAUCCUGAUGCCACCACGGGUAAUGACACAACGGUAGCUGCAGGCAGUGGACCAGCUCGUAAGAAGGCAGCGUAUGCGGGAGGCUUGGUACUGGAACCCUUGCGGGGACUUUAUGAAAAGUACGUGUUGCUCAUGGAUUUCAAUUCGCUGUAUCCGAGCAUCAUACAGGAGUAUAAUAUUUGCUUCACCACGGUGCAGCAGCCACACGAUGCGGAACAGCUGCCUGUGCUGCCAGACUCCAAUGCAGAGCCAGGCAUUUUGCCGAUGCAAUUGCGCCGUUUGGUGGAGUCGCGUCGCCAGGUCAAGAAGCUAAUGGCUGUGCCGGAUCUAUCGCCGGAACUUCAUAUGCAAUAUCAUAUACGACAGAUGGCACUCAAGCUGACUGCAAAUUCCAUGUACGGUUGUCUCGGAUUUGCGCAUUCGCGCUUCUUUGCACAGCAUUUGGCAGCGCUGGUAACACACAAGGGUCGCGAGAUUCUGGUUAACACACAGCAGCUGGUGCAGAAGCUCAACUACGAUGUGGUUUAUGGUGACACGGAUUCGCUGAUGAUCAAUACGAACAUAACGGACUAUGAUCAGGUCUAUAAGAUUGGACACACCAUUAAGCAGAGCGUGAACAAGCUGUACAAGCAACUCGAGCUGGACAUUGAUGGCGUCUUCGCCUGUUUGCUGCUACUCAAAAAGAAGAAAUAUGCGGCCGUCAAGCUGACCAAGAAUGCAAAAGGCGUGCUGCGACGUGAACAGGAGCACAAGGGUUUAGAUAUAGUCCGUCGCGAUUGGUCACAGCUCGCCGUCAUGGUAGGCAAGGCGGUGUUGGAUGAAGUGCUCGCAGAUAAGCCACUGGAGGAUAAACUUGAUGCUGUGCAUGCCCAGCUGGGACGCAUCAAGGACCAAAUAACAGAGUCUGUUGUGCCGCUGCCGCUGUACGUGAUCACCAAGCAAUUGACACGUGCGCCGCAAGAGUAUGCCAACAGCUCUUCACUGCCCCACGUUCAGGUGGCGUUGCGCAUGAAUCGAGAAAGGAAUCGACGCUAUAAAAAGGGCGACAUGGUGGACUAUGUGAUCUGUUUAGAUGGCACCACAAAUGCGGCCAUGCAGCGGGCCUACCAUCUGGACGAGCUGAAGAGCAACGAAUCGCUGAAGCUGGACACGAAUUACUAUCUGGGCCAUCAGAUACAUCCGGUGGUCACACGCAUGGUGGAGGUGCUCGAGGGCACCGAUGCGAGUCGUAUUGCUGAGUGCCUGGGCAUGGAUGCCAGCAAAUACAGACAGAAUGCACAGCGCAUUCAACGCGAGCGUACGGAAGAAGCCGAAGGAGAAUCGCUGCAGAAGACCACGUUGCAGCUCUAUCGCCUGUGUGAACCCUUUCGCUUCAAGUGCGUUAGGUGUAAAACGGAACAGCUUAUGGCCAGCGCCUAUCGGCCGGGCCCGAACAGCAGCCAUGUGCCGGUGCUGCAGCAGUGCGCCAAUCCGGAGUGCCAGACAUCACCUUUGCAAUAUUUGGUUAGCAUACGCAAUCAGCUGCAGCUGUGCAUGCGUGGAUAUGUGCAGCGUUUCUAUCGCAAUUGGCUGGUGUGUGACCAUCCUGAUUGCAACUACAAUACAAGAACCUGUUCCAUGCGGCUCGAGCUGCGUCGACCGCUGUGCCUCAAAUGCAACAGUGGUGCCAUGCUGCGCCAGUACUCUGAGCGCGAUCUCUACAAUCAGCUGUGCUACCUGCGUUUCACAUUUGACCUCAGCAAGCAGCAGCUGCAUCAGAAACCUACUUUAACACCUGAACUGGAGCAGGCCUAUCAACUACUUUAUGACACUGUGGAACAGCAAUUCCAAUGCUCCAGCUACGUUGUCAUCUCGCUUGGCAACAUAUUUGCGCGCAGCCUGGCGCUGUCGACACUGCAGCCGCCCAAGAAGGAGCAACGGGAUGAUGCAGUAGCCUGCAGCUUGGCGGAUGUUUAGUUCACGUACAACCCCAACAUUUAUUAAAUCUACACAUGCUCACACACAUAUAUAUAAAUCUUUGAUAA